UAAUAUGUCAUGUGAUUAAAAAUGUCUACUCCGUCGUCGUUGAACCAAAGGAUUAACGAUUUAGAAAGACGAUUAAAGGUUGAAAACAAAUCAAGAGACAAUGACAGACAGAGACACUUAGCCCCAAAUAAUGAAUUGGUAUUUCCUAGGCCAUUCAAGCUCGAUUCAGGACAUGCAAGUCCCCGCAAACCAAGAGCCUUUGGGGGAGAUUUUCCAGCAACAUCAAGGUCAAGUUCAGCACCCUCUUCUGGCCGCCGCAGACCAGGGGGGAUAAGCCUGGAGUCUGGUGGCAGGUCACGACAACCAGACAGUGCUGAAAUAGAACAGAAGUAUAAAGAGAUAAUGAAGAUGACUGGAAUACUAACCCUAAAUAAUCAGAAACACAACACAGAUAUUAAUGAGAUGGAGUCCCUGGGUGAACUAGGGCAUGGCACAUGUGGACAGGUCAUUAAAAUGAGACACAAACCGACCAAUCAUCUCAUGGCAGUUAAGCAAAUGAGAAGAUCUGGAAAUAAAGAAGAAAAUAAGAGAAUUAUAAUGGAUCUAGAUGUUGUUUUAAAAUGCCAUGAUUAUCCCUACAUUGUACAGUGUAUAGGAACAUUCAUCACACCUAGUGAGGUGUGGAUUUGCAUGGAACUAAUGUCUACCUGUCUCGAUAAAUUAUUGAAAAGAACUAAAAUGCCCAUUCCAGAGAAGAUUCUGGGAAAGAUGGCGGUAGCUAUUGUGAAGGCACUUGACUAUCUAAAGGAAAAACAUGGGGUCAUUCAUAGAGACGUGAAACCCUCCAAUAUACUGCUGGAUCAGAAUGGGAUAGUUAAGCUGUGUGACUUUGGCAUCAGUGGACGGCUGGUCGACUCCAAGGCCAAGACCAGAAGUGCCGGCUGUGCUGCUUACAUGGCACCUGAGAGAAUAGAUCCACCAGACCCCCAGCGACCAGAUUACGAUAUCAGAGCUGACGUGUGGAGUCUGGGAAUCACACUGGUUGAGCUGGCUACAGGGGAGUUCCCCUAUAAGGACUGUAAGACAGAUUUUGAGGUCCUCACCAAAGUUCUACAGGAUGACCCGCCAUUGUUGACUCCUGGUCCAGCAUAUUCCCAUGAGUUGUGUUCAUUUAUUAGAGAUUGUCUAACAAAAGAUUACAAAAAACGUCCAAAGUAUAGGAAGCUUCUUGAACACCCCUUCAUUAAGAAAUAUGAAGUGGAGAAUGUGAAUGUGGCCAAGUGGUUCAGUGAUAUGUCAGAGAUAAUGGCCUGCUAUAGUUCAUGAUGAGUUCAACGAAGUAGUUAUGAUUUCAUUUGACAUUCACCUGAUAUGCUGGUCAUGAAGGAGAAUACCAAACCUUGAACAUCAAUGACCCGGUUUCUAUUGAUGUGGCAUCAUUUAUCUCCAUGACAACAAGCAGUGCAAAGUUCCUGAUGGAUUUUUAUUCAAGAUGAUAAAGCCGUGUGUUUCGCUUCCGUUGCCAUGGGUGAUGUAAACAAUCUUCACUGGGCAUGUCACUGAGAUAUGUCCCGAAUUUCCUCAUCUACUUAUGAAUGAGAUGAAUUUUACCAAAAUAAUUUGUGUUUAUACUGUGAGGUAUCUUUGGUAGGUCUUUUGGGCCUUUCUAAUCUCUAUAGCUUGUAUGAGUGCAUUUUUCUGUGUUUCCCUUGCCAUUGAAUUGUUUUUGAAUAAUUUUGAGUUGACCACAUCAUGUUUUUGAAAAGUAUUGUAUAUUGUAAGUGUGGCACAAGUACAUAAUACAGUGUUUGUGACUAUAGAGUUUUCCUUCUGAAUAUUUGCUGAAUUACUGGAAUUCUGAAAACUUCAAUGAAUUUUAGUUUGCCAAAGAAAAAAAAACAUGUUUAAAAUUUCUUUAAUUAUCAAUGUUUUAUUAAAUUUUAUUCAUUAAUGAUCAGGAGAUUGACAUUUAAUCCAUGUUAAAAUAGUUUUCACCAUACCAGUAUAUUUAGGUCAUAAAAAUUUUUAAUAUAAGUUUUUACUGGGAUUUUACCAAAGUAAUUGGAAGGGAAACGUAACUUUGACUGGUUUACAGCAGAAUCAUUCCAUUUUCUGUCAUAUGGUCUGUUGUACAUGUAUUGACACACAGGAUGUGAUGUCAUAUGGUCUGUUGUAAAUGACACGCAGGAUGUGACAUCAUCUCUUUUUAUAGCGGUUUACUGAAUCUCAUUUUUUUUUCCUCAAAUAAAAAAAAGAAAAAUUGAGUGCUUAUUGUAAUAUUUAUUAUGUACAGUAAUUCUUAUUAUUGCACUUUUGUUGCAGUGUGUUUAUACUAUCUAAGAUAGUUGUAAAUUUUUACUAUUAAAAUCGGACUUCUGUCACUUUUAACAAUGUCGUUGCACACAAGGACUGCUCCCAGUUUUUUAAAUAUUUAAUUAUAGGAAUGUCAAAAUAUUUUUACAAGGAAGUCAUUUAUUAUAGGUUUUUUUAAAGGUACAUACAUGUCUACAGUUUAAUAAGAAAACAUUUGAACCAACAUGUUAUUCAAUGCAAUAUGGGUAGAUAUUAAAUUUGUUACAUAAUUAACUAAGUGUGAAAGGGACAAAAAAUUAAGGAUCUGUUGCAUCUGUUGCUGUAGUAAAUCAAAAGGAAUCUAACUACAAACUGGGUAUAUAAUUUCCCCCAUCCAAUUUGAUCUUUUAUCAAUACUGCAUGUGGAGGUAGAAAAUUCUUUGUGGAUGUUGAUUAACUUUGCGAAAAUAAUCAAAUAAGUUUUUGAAUUCUAUAAUUCAUGAUGCAGGUGAUUAAUGGAAUAUUCAUUGACACACCUAUUUCGAUACAUUUUCUAGUCAUGUGAAACUUAAAGAUACAUACAACAAAAAAAUUUUCUUAUCUUCCGUAUAGAAGAGUUACAUUAAUGUGUUUUUUAUGUUUCUGUCAAUAAAAAUCUCUAAAGGAAGUUUUUAUUAACUGUGUAAAAAUAUACAGUACUCCUGAAAAUAUUCUUGAAACUUAACAGUAAAAGGUUUAAAACCCAAUUAAGAAAGACUGGGGGAAAAAAACAAUAUUUUCAAGCAUAUUGUGAUUUUUAGGUCAAGCAAAUAUUUUCUGAGUAUAUUUAUUCUGUUUUAGCAAAUGAAUUGAGCAGAAAAGUCCUAAAAUACAUGUACAUGUUCAUAUCAGAAAAUAAUGAUUUUUUUAUGUCCCUGCAAGUUUUUAUUCAGUGGAAUUUUACUGUGUGUCUAUUUUAAUGAAUUAUUUCAUUUAACUAUAAUCUUACUCUGAAUUUGGGAUUUUUUAAUCUAUAUCAUGAUCUUUAAAAUAAAUGAAUUUUUAAUAUAUGAUCUUUUUGACAAAACCCCUGCUGCACUCUUGAAUGCUUCACAAAGUCAAUAAUUUUUCCCAGUGUUGAGGUUUCCAUCCUAAAAGCAUUGCAUGUUUUCUGCAAAGAAAACUUUUUAUUUGUACCAUUUCAUAAGCAAAACACAAAUGUAAAAAAAAUCUUAGAUGGGGAUCCAUCCCCAAUGAUAUCUCACCCACAUGUUAAUUAGGAUCGUUAAUCUUAUAUUAUGUACCACAUGAUGUUGAUUGUGAUGUACAUGUAUUUUUUGAGCAGUGACUAUCUCUAUGAGGGGGCAGUGUGAUUGUGUUGUUAUUGUGUUCAGAUGCUGCCAACAGCUGAGAGAAUAAAAAUAUAACAAACUGUA